AUGAUUGCGCGACCCCGCGCAACCUUCGCGCACACAAAAACUGUGCGUCUCAUUGUUGAGGACAAUAUGGAAAUUAAUGCGUUGGAAACUGUUCGGUCUCUCCCGGACUUUCAAGAGGAAAUCACAGGCAUCGUGCCGAAUUUUGGAGGAAAAUGCUUUGACAUUACUCUUCGUUCGACUGAAGCGGCGACACGCCUGGCUACGUCCGGCUUCGAUUACGGGGCGAGCGAAAGCCGCUCAAGCUAUCAGGAGCCAAAACGAUUCACGUCUCGGUGUUCGUCGCCGUCGAAUUCCCCGAUCAGGAGAUCGUAA